AGAAGAAGAGAGUAUCGAGCGCGAGAGGGCCAGCGGAAACAAGCUCUGGAGCGCCUACAUCACCGAGGCGCAAAACUACGAUCAGGGUCUCCUCGAUGGCUGGCGCAGUGAGAUGGAUGGUCUGCUGAUCUUUGCCGGUCUCUUCUCGGGCGUUAUCACCACAUUCAUCAUUGAUAGUUACAAGACCCUGAACGCUGACUCGGGCAGCCAGACUGUCGUGCUCCUCAGCCAGACCGUUGCGCUCCUCGGCCAGAUCUCGC